AUGAAAUUAUUCUAUACAGCAGUAUUAGUGUUAGGGGUCGUAGCAGCUCAAAGCAGGGAUUAUCAGCCAUAUUACGUACAACAACAACAACAGGCCUACACAACAGAACCUAUACCCAUUCUACGCCAAGAUCAGGUCAUCAAUCCUGACGGGUCUUACAGAUGGAGUUAUGAAACGGCAAAUGGUAUAACCGCUGAAGAAGCAGGAUCCAUAAAGAAUCAGGGCAUUCCUGAACAAGAGACACUGACAGCGCAGGGACAAUACCAAUAUACGGCGCCUGACGGACAGAUAAUUCAACUACAAUACGUUGCCGAUGAAAAUGGGUUCCAGCCGCGUGGGGCACAUUUGCCAACUCCACCACCUAUUCCUGAGGAGAUACAACGAUCCUUGGAUUUUCUAGCUACAUUACCCCCAUCGAACCCAGAACUCAACAGAAUACGGAUUUGA